AUGGGUUGGUUUACUAUGAUAAGGUGCGCCGACCUUGACGUAUUGAUAAACCAGUCAUUAAUAUACUUCCUCUUUUAUCAGGCAAUCCUCGGAGGAGCAGCCGUGUUUGGAAUGACGACGGACCUCAAAUUGAGAGUCAUCGUUGACCCGACGACGACACCACCAAAAGUGUCAACCACUCGUCUCAGCUGGGCCACUUCACUCUUCUACUUCGGCAUGCUUGCUGGAGUCGGACCGUUGACGUACCUGUUCCAACGGCUGCAUCUCGGACGAACCGUGGGCGCGGUCAUCGUGAUCUGGGGUGGCGUCGCAAUGGCAAGUGCCGGAGUAGUAGACUUCAAAGGUUUGUUUGCACAGCGGUUCUUUCUUGGGUUUGCAGAAAGCAUCGUCCCUACUGCAUUCAUGGUCAUCAUCUCUGGAUACUACACGCAAGCAGAACAGACUUGGCGACAGUGCCUCUGGUAUUCUGCCACAGGUGGCUGGACCAUCAUAGGCUCAGGGAUCAACUAUGGCUUCGCCCAUAUCACUGGUGGAGACCUCAAGAAGUGGCAGUAUCUGUACCUGAUGGCUGGUUCGUUGACCGUCUUGUAUGGGUUCGUGUUCUUCUUCUUCCCGAAUUCACCUGCCCAUGCGUGGUGGUUCACCGAAGAAGAAAAAAGAGUCGCCAUCGAGCGAUUGCGUAUGGGUCAAAUGGGUGUCAGGUGCCAGAAGAUCAAAUGGCCCCAGAUCAAAGAGGCGGCCCUGGAUGUCAAGGUUUGGCUUAUUGCAAUCAUGAUGGGAGCAGCAUACUCGGUGAACGGAGCAGUGUCUGGUUUUGGACCUCUGAUUGUCUCGACGUUUGGCUGGUCCGCAUAUGAUGCCUUGCUCUGGCAGAUGCCUUUAGGCGGCGUCUGCUUUGUUGGCAUUCUCCUUGCAGGUUAUCUCAGUUCAAAGGUGCAAAAUAUACGCCUCAUCAUGAUCAUUGCUUGUUGCUUACCGGUCAUUGCCGGCUGCGCCAUGAUCUGGAAGAGCAACUGGUAUCACCAUGCUGCGACACCGAUCGCAGGCUACACCAUCAUUGGCUUCUUCGCUCCAGUAACGAGCCUGAUUGUUAGUAUGGGUAUGGCCAACGUCGCCGGUAACUCCAAGAAGAGUUUUAUGGCAGCGGCAAUCUUCUAUUUGUACAAUGUGGGCAACAUUGUCGGUCCACAAUGGGUCCGAUCAGAGCAGAUUGACUCGCAUUAUCCUAGGCUUUGGCAAGGUGUGAUCGGGUGCUAUGCACUCGUGAUUGGCAUUGCGAUCACACUCUACAUCAUGCUCGGUGCUGAGAAUCGGAGAAGAGACAGGUUAGCGUUGGAUUCGAAAGAGGCAGAAAGAGUCGCGUUUGACGACUUGACAGAUAAACAAAAUAAGCACUUCCGUUAUGCGUAUUGA